UUUGAACAUUCACCAUCAGAUUUGCUGCAUUUCCUUGAAAGAGCAAUAGUUUUGUUCAUUUAUUUCAGUUUUCUGUUGUAGGCUGUAUUUCUGCUUGGGCGUGACUCAAGGCGGGCAAAGAUGUAAAUUGCUCUACAUGUUUGAGUCGGUCCCAUGCAGAAAUACAGACUUAAGUUGAAAAAAUCCAGGGUUUUGUUUUACAUUUAUUUGUUCUGUUUUCAUACAGUUGUGCUCAAAGUCCACAAGUGUCACAAAGAUUUCCCAGUGUCUUUGUUGUGCCAAAAUUCCCCAAGAGCAUACAGACUAAAUUGGACAGUAAAGAACCAUGCCAUAAAACUGGAUUUUAUCGCACCAAAAUAGUUGGUGUCCUUCAAGAAACCAUGGCUCAGUACACAAUGUAUCCUUCAGGUGAAGAUUAUGUGAAGGUUGCCAAGGCACUUGUUACCAAAUACCCUUUUUUGAAGGAUAUAGAAGGGAAUGGAUAUCACACCUGGCACAUGUCAUUGAAAAGGAAGUUCAAAACUGAACGUUCACCACUCGUGGAUGAAGAAGAAGUCAAACAAUUCAAAGCAAAAUUUGGUCAUCGCAAAGGCAAGUCCAAAGAGGCACCAACCCAGACUACGUGUGAAAGAAGACGUGAAAUGAGAAAUGAGUCUGAAGAAGGUCCUAUUGGCGAAGAUGCUGUCUCAAUUGAUGCCCAUGUAAAAGUCUUGCAAAUGCAGUAUGAACGGACUCAACCAGAUAGAACCAUUGUGGAGGAAAAAAUGAGACGCACAUUUCUCUUGAGAAGAUGUGAGCUGCAACAAGACGGAAUGUCAGCUGUUGAGGCCAUCAGAAAGUAUCCCUUCCUGAAAACACCAUGUGGGCUGUAUCAAGAAAUGGGACGAAUCUGCAAAAUCACAGAUUUAAGCCAACGUUUCCGAGAAUCAUUCAGAAGUCUGGUACCCUCUGUGCUGAAAGCAGUCCAUGGGAAGUCCUGUCUGGAGAAGGAAUAUUUGGAGGCCAGAGCUGAAGUAACUUCAGAGGAAGUUGACGACCUAGAGUUCCGAGCUGCCUUGGUGCUCUUACCAACUAUCUUCAAAGAGAAACUGGACAACUACAUUGCACUGAAUGAUGGAGAUCCAGCUACACCUUACCCAACUGUUCAGGUGGCCGGCACAUCAAACUGGAGACGAAUAUUCAGCGAGCGUAGACUCCCCGUGAACAUCAAGGUGGAUGGAACCAAGCCCUACGUCUACACUUCUAUCAGGACGAAUUUGAGGACCCCGUAG